UUUUAUACGGAUGUCGGCUAGAAAAUCCAAACACCAGGACGUGUGCGACUUUGCUGUUGCGUCUGGCGUGUUUGGUUUGUGACUGAGUAACAACGACAGCUAGUUAAAUAUCGCUUGUGCUCCUUUUAUCUACAAGAGCUGAGUUUGUUCAGCAUUAGCAAGUUAGCUAAUGUUGCUAUACAUCUUUAGUGGAGUCACGUAUAUUAAAACUAACUUCUACCCAGUUAGCAUCCAGCUGUGACACCUGAUGUCUCCGGAAAACACAUUUUGUCUGAAAAAUGAAGAAGAAAAGUGAAGAUACAAUGGAGACCGAGGAAACUGGAUGGACCAAGGCAGACCUCCAGAGGCUUCUCGCGGCAAUGAAAGACAGCAUCCCAAAUAAUAAGAAAAUGAAGAGUUACAUCAGUGGACUGAAAAGUUUACACUGGAAUAAAGUGGCUUUCCCCCCUUUUUCUCCUGAGGCAUGCAAACAAAAGUGGAUAACGAUGCAGGAGAACAUGCGUAAGAUUCGGACCCUCACAGAGCUUAUUGUUGAAGCUGAGGAUGUCAUAGCCAAUCCUGGCUGUAACAGAAAGGGUAAAGAAUGCACUGAAGAUGCAGAAGGUCCACCUCCAAAGCCACCUCAAAGUGGCUAUAUGCUGUUUGUGAAGGAGCAAAUGGUGAGCAUGACGGGUACCUCAAGAAAAAACAAACUGGAUGUUUGUGGUCAACGCUGGCAAGAGUUGAGUGACACAGAGAAGGAAAAAUACUGUACAAACUGCACAGAGUUGAACAGACAGUACAGGAUAAAGCUGAAUGCAUAUUUAGAGAGGUUUGACAUAGAGGAGCAGCAGCAGAUCCUUAGAGAGAAGGGCAUCAAAACACCUAAAAGACGCAAGGGUGAAGAGUGCAAUGAAGAUGCAGAAGGUCCACCUCCAAAGCCACCUCACACUGGCUAUAUGCUGUUUGUGAAGGAGCAAAUGGCUAGCAUGACGGGUACCUCAAGAAAAAACAAACUGGAUGUUUGUGGUCAACGCUGGCAAGAGUUGAGUUACACAGAGAAGGAAAAAUACUGUACAAACUGCACAGAGUUGAACAGACAGUACAGGAUAAAGCUGAAUGCAUAUUUAAAGAGGUUUGACAUAGAGGAGCAGCAGCAGAUCCUUAGAGAGAAGGGCAUCAAAACACCUAAAAGACGCAAGGGUGAAGAGUGCACUGAAGAUGAAGAGGAUCUACCUCCAAAGCCACCUCAAACUGGCUACAAUAUGUUCUGCAAAGAGCAACUGGCGUGCAUGACGGGCACUUCAAAAAGAAACGAAUUUAAUGUUUGUGGUCAGCGCUGGCGAAAGUUGAGUGACACAGAGAAGGAAAAAUACCGUACAAACUGCACAGAGUUGAACAGACAGUACAGGAUAAAGCUGAAUGCAUAUUUAGAGAGGUUUGACAUAAAGGAGCAGCAGCAGAUCCUUAGAGAGAAGGGCAUCAAAACACCUAAAAAGCACAAGGACAGCCUUGUGGAGCAACUACCUGGCGAGCCCAAAAGGCCACCUCUAUCUGGCAAUGUGAUUUUCUGCCAAAAACAGAUGAAACUUCUAAAGAAAAAGAUCCCAAAUCCAACGCAGCGCUUUGCCAAGGCCAACAAGAAGUGGCAGGACCUCUCCGCAAAGCAGAAGGAACAUUACAAAAGAAAAGUUGAUGAAAACAUGGAAAAAUACAGAAUGGAGCUGCAAAAGUGGUUCGAAACACUGACGGCAGCAGAGCAGAAGAACUAUCUGACAAGGAACCCCAAACAUCAAUACCUUAAGGCCAAGGAAAAAAAGGGUUUUGUCAACAAACCGAAUUUGUCCCAGCCAUCAGACUCCGAAGAUGACGACAUCGAGUUCAGUGAAGAAGAGAGCUGUUGGUACAGUGACCAGGAUGAGGAUGAGGAGGAGGAAGAUGAAGAGGAUGCCAUGUUUGAAAUGUAGAUGGUGAUGAGAUGGACAGCAGAAGUGCCACACAUAUAUUCAGAGAUGGAUUCUGGAUAUGGCAAGAUGGAGAACUGCUACAAUGACUGGCUUUCAUGAGAUUUUAUUUUGUGGUCAUGCUGGGAGGAAAGUUGCCAUCACAAUGUAACACAUCCCUGCUGGAUUAAAAACGACCACAAACCCUUCAGGCUCUACAGGGUUCGUUACUGUUUUGCUGUCGAUUUGUUCUAUGGUUUAUUCUAAUGUUAUUUGGGAAUACACACCAGUGAUGGACAAUGUCUGCUGAUAUAAUGAGAGCCUUUAAGUGCCUGAAAAGCUGAAAUCACAGAAGAGUGUGUCUCUGCACCGUUAUACAGUCCUGACUGGAUACACAGUCACCAGAAUGUAAGUUUGGAAAAUUUUGUUUUUUCAUUGCAUAAAACUUUAGUAGGAGAAACUUCAAAGUUGCCAAAGCAUUUAUCAGGUCUUUAAGGUGGGCCAUGUGUUACCACCAAAUCUUGUUGCCCUGUUGUAGGACAAAAAAUGUGUUUUAACACUUCCUUAUAUCGGGUUUACAGGCAGCAAGACGGGAUUCCAAACUGGGGGAAGUAAUUAACUGCCCAGGGGCCACUGGUUUGGCAGUGUUAACCAAGCUGGGCUCCUCAUUAUUAGCCAGUAAUGUGGUCCUGUCUUGUGGAGGGACACUGUGUUAAAAUCUGCACUGAAAUUAAACAGUAUGCAAAUGGUACGAUUUUCCGAUGUAGAAGUUAAAAAUUCUAUUAUGAUUAAUAUAAAGGGUUCAAUUUA